AUGGAUUCAUACAAUAAUUCGGCAGAAAUUAUUAAUGUUUCGUAUAAGGAUAUCUCAUUCGAAACAAACAUCGCAAACCUUAUUAAAUUUGUUAUUUUACUUAUUUUUCAAUUAUUGUCGAUCUGCUGUUCACUCUUUCUCUUUUUUCAUUUAAUAACAAAACCGAAACUUCAUCGAUCAUUACGCAAUCAUACAAUUAUUACUCUUGUUAUUAUAAGCUUCUUUCAGACUAUAUCAGAUCUACCAUUAACACUAGAAUAUUUACGAAUAGGUCAAGCAUCAUCCUCAGUUUUUUGUUUAUUAUGGAAUUUUUUUGCAUUAUCUAAUUAUGCUGUUGGUGUAUGGGUGAUGACUUGGGCUUCUCUCGAACGUCAUUUUUUAAUUUUUCAUGCUGGUCUUAUGAAUACAACUCGCCGUAAAAUCUUUUUUCAUUAUAUUCCAUUAUUUAUUUCAUUAUUUAUCCCUUGGAUGUAUUAUAUUGUCAUGAUUUUCUUUUACCCAUGCACAAAUACCUUUUACCUAUCUGCACUUUUUUGUGGAUGGUGUUGUUAUGCGUAUAAUGAUGCAUUAGUAAUGUUUAACUGGUUGAUGUAUGGUGUUCUUCCAGUAUGUUUGAUCACAAUUCUUAAUCUAUGGUUAAUUAUUCGUGUUGUGUUACAGAAACGUCAUGUCCAACAGCAGAUCAAUUGGCGUCAACAUCGUCGUAUGACCGUUCAGCUAUUGAGUGUUUCUUGUCUUUAUAUAUUCUUCGAUGAACCAGCAGUGAUCAUUGGAAUUAUUCGUUUAGGUGUGCCAACAUUUGCUGUUGAUAUUCAAAUAUUAUACCUAUAUUAUAUAGUUUACUUCCUACCAUUACUUGUACCAUUUGUUUGUUUGGCUAAUUUUCGUGAAUUAUGGAAUAAAAAUCGUGUGCAAGUCAAUCCAUUGAUGCCAUUAACACGUACUCAUACUGUUAGACGAACUGGAAUAGUAAAGCCAACAACUUGUGUUGCACAAACAAGCAAAGUGUAA